UACACACCCCCACCCCUCUCCUUCUCGCUCACCCACACCCCCAGCCAGAAAACUUGGAGACCUUGUCCCAGUCCAGUCCAAUCCAUUUCAUUCCCAGCUUUCCCAUCUUCCUUACGUCGCGUUGCGCCGGGACAUCUGCGACUGACCUGCCUUCUGCACCUGCCGCCGCUCUUGCUAGUCGCUACCUCACUAAGGUGUAGGUCCAUGAUACUCUCUCUGCGCAUGCACCAGCCCAUCCCAGCCCAGCUCUAG